AUGGAUAAAUUCAAAGAUGCUUUACAAGGUAUGAUGGAUAAGGCAGAAUCAAAGACCGAACUUCCAGCCCAAGACAUUUUGGAAGAAGCAGCCGAGAUAAGUGUAACACGUCUUCCCACGAUUACCACCAGCCACCCUCGCCAACAACGUAAUAACACCACUGCGAUCAUCUCCAACACCCAAAAGACCCCGCCACCACCAUCACCACCACCACUACCUCCAGCAAAACCAACACAACCCACACCACACCAAAAAGACACUGCGGCCGCCGCCACCACUACCUCCAUCGCAACCAACACCACCCACCACCACACCAAAAAGACACUGUGGCCGCCGCCACCACUACCUCCACCGCAACCAACGCCACCCACCACCACUACACCAAACAAACACUGCAGCAGCCGCCACCACUGCCUCCACCACCAACAACGCCACCCACCACCACCACACCAAGAAGACACAGACAUUGCGGCUGCCGCCACCACUACCUCGAUCAGAACCAACACCAUCCACCAUCACCACACCAAAAAGACACUGCGGCCGCCGCCACCACUACCUCCUCCAAAACCACCACACCAACAAGACACUGCAGCCGCCGCCACCACUACCUCCACCACAACCAACACCACCCACCACCACACCAAACACACUGUAGCCGCCGCCACUCACUUCCACCACAACUACAACCAGCACUACCCAUCUCCACCACCAACAACAACAUAA